GCAGGAGAUCUGGUUAUUUCAUUGCCUGAGAAAUGCUUACUCACCACGGACACUGUCCUUAGUAGCUGCUUGGGGGAAUACAUUAUGAAAUGGAAGCCUCCUGUGUCUCCUUUGAUAGCACUGUGCGCAUUUUUAAUAGCAGAGAAGCAUGCUGGAGAGAAAUCUCUGUGGAAGCCGUACCUUGAUGUUUUGCCCAAGACAUACACUUGCCCUGUUUGUUUGGAGCAUGAUGUAGUACGCCUUCUUCCUGAACCUUUAAGAAAGAAGGCUCAGGAGCAGAGAACGACAGUCCAGGAGUUGUACCUGUCUUCCAAAGCUUUUUUUUCUUCCCUGCAGCCUUUGUUUGCUGAGAACACAGGAACUAUUUUUAACUACAGUGCUCUACGGUGGGCUUGGUGCACUAUUAAUACCAGGACAAUAUACAUGAAACAUUUACAGAGGGAAUGUUUUUCUCUUGAGCCAGAUGUUUAUGCGUUGGCACCAUAUUUAGAUUUGCUAAACCACAGUCCAAAUGUUCAGGUAAAGGCUUCAUUUAAUGAGCAGACAAGAAGCUAUGAAAUUUGGACAAAUUCACGGUGCAAAAAAUACAAAGAAGUAUUUAUCUGCUAUGGGCCUCAUGAUAAUCAGCGACUGCUGCUAGAAUAUGGAUUUGUUGCCAUUGAUAACCCUCACAGCAGUGUUUAUGUCUCACCAGAUACUCUUCUCAGAUAUUUUCCACCACUGGACCAGCAGAGAAAUGCAAAACUUUCCAUUCUAAAGGAUCAUGAUUUCUUAGAAAACCUGACCUUUGGAUGGGAUGGACCAUCGUGGAGACUCCUCACAGCCCUCAAGUUGUUAGGUCUUGGAGCAGAUGAAUUUACUUGCUGGAGGAGAACACUGCUUGGUGAGGUGAUUUCAGCUAGAAACGAACAGCAGACUUUGAAUAUAACAGCAAAAAUAUGCCAUUUUUUAAUAGAGGAGACACAACAUGUCCUUCUUCAGAUUUCCCAGUUGAAAAGGAGCAAAGAGAACCUCAGAAACCACCUAGCUUUGGUGGAAGCACUACGCUUGGAAGAUCUGAAGGUACUACAAAAAUCAGCUGAGAUUCUUCGCAGUUCGACUGUGGCAACAGCCUGA